AUGUGGCUCUCUGGUAUCGCUCUAGCGGCCAUUGUUGCCUCUGCCAAUGCUUUGGAUCUUACGGUCGCUGCCAAUGGCGGUAAUGCUACUUCACCCCUACAGUAUGGAUUGAUGUUCGAGGACAUUAACUUCUCUGGUGACGGCGGCAUCUAUGCCGAGCUCAUCCGCAACAGAGCCUUCCAGGGAAACACAGUUCACCCUUCCACUCUACUCGGGUAUUCCGCUGUGGGAGGCACGACUCUAUCUCUCAAGAAUCUGUCUCAACCACUCUCUAGUGCUCUUCCAACCUCUAUGAACGUUGCAGUUGCGAAGGCUUCCAGUGGAGACGUUGGAUUCUCGAACACUGGAUAUUGGGGCAUUGGAGUUGAAGUCCAAGACUACACUGGCUCUUUCUGGGUCAAAGGAUCUUACGAUGGCAGCUUCACGGCUUCUCUCAAGUCCGACAUCACCAAAGAAACGCUUGCCAGUGUUCAAGUUCCACCCAAGGCGUCUUCGAGCGAGUGGAUCCAACACAACUUCACCCUUACCCCUGCCUCUGCUGCUCAAAACUCGAACAACUCGUUCAUCCUCACCUUCAAGAAAUCUGGUGUUACUGGUGGUUCGCUGGACUUCACCUUGAUCAGUCUUUUCCCUCCCACCUAUAAGAACAGACCCAAUGGUCUCCGCAAAGACAUUGCAGAGGCAUUGAAAGAGCUCAACCCUAAAUUCCUUAGGUUCCCAGGUGGAAACAAUCUUGAAGGUGAUGACCCACCAUACCUCUGGUACUGGAACGAGACAAUCGGACCUCUCAAGGAUAGACCUGGCCGACCCGGUACUUGGGGCUACCAAAACACAGAUGGUUUAGGUCUUAUUGAAUACUUGCAUUGGUGUCAAGAUCUGGAGUUGGAGCCCAUUCUUGCUGUUUGGGACGGCUUCUACCUGAGUGGACCUGUGACUCCUCAGUCUGAGCUCGGUGUCUGGAUUCAGUUUGCUCUUGAUGAACUCGAGUUCUUGAUGGGCUCGACCAGUACUAAGUAUGGUGCACUCAGAGCGUCUUUGGGAUACCCUGAGCCUUUCCAAAUUAAUUAUGUCGAGAUCGGCAACGAGGACAAUCUUGGUGGCGGCAAUGCCAGUUACUCUGCUUACCGUCUUCCCAUGUUCACCGAAGCUAUCAAGGCAGUCUAUCCUGACAUCACCAUCAUCGGAUCAACACCGACCGUCGACCCCAUUCCUGAUCACAUCUCUCUUGACUACCAUGAGUACUCGAGACCUGACAACUUUGUCAGAGAGUUUGGCCUCUUCGAUCAUUACAACAGAAGCCACCCCAUCUUGAUUGGUGAAUACGCCGUCAUCGAGCCUAACAACGCCAGCAUGGCUUCUGUUGACUGGACAUCGGGCGCGACCAGAUUGGCUUUCCCGUCCUGGACUGGCAGUGUUGCUGAAGCAGUCUUCCUCAUUGGUGCCGAACGGAACUCUGAUUUCAUCAUCGGAGCCUCAUACGCUCCUACUCUGCAAAACCUGAACAGCUUCCAAUGGGUGCCAGAUAUGAUCAGCUUCACAGCAGACACCACAAAGGAUGUCUUGUCAACCAGCUGGCACAUGCUCCAGCUUCUCGGCAAUCACUUGAUUACAGAGACUCUGCCCACCACGGGCGGCAACUUUGGACCUGCUUACUAUGUUGCCGGUUACAACAACCAGACUGGAUCUCACAUGCUCAAGACAGCCAUUUACAAUGCUACAGCAGACGUACCAGUUUCGGUCUCGUUCAAGGGAGUGUCCGCAGGCGCCACUGCUACGUUGAGUAUCCUCACAGCACCCAGCGGAGACAGCUACAACAACGUUGGUACUCAGGUUGUGAAGUCCACAAACACAACCAUCAAGGCAUCAGCUGGUGGUGUCUUCAAGUUUAGUCUCCCCAACCUUAGUGUCAGCGUACUGGAGGUUCAGGGCAGACCAACCUACUGGGCAGGCAGCUGGGGUGGACAUCGUGGAGCAUGGGGCCACGGUGGCUUUGGUGGAUGGACCCCUAGUUGGGGCGGUUGGGGUAGUUGGAAGGGCACAGGUCACAACAGAAGAGACGUUCCCAAGGGUUACAAGGAGAUUGUCUACUAG